ACCUCCCCUUGUGGCGUGCAAUCACGUUGCAGCCGUUUGUUGUUACAUCCGGGGAUCGUGGCGAGAUGGUAAUGGCGGAGGGUACUGCAGUUCUGAGGAGAAAUCGGCCGGGAACUAAGGCACAGGACUUCUACAACUGGCCUGAUGAGUCAUUUGAGGAGAUGGACAGCACACUCGCUGUGCAGCAGUACAUCCAGCAGAACAUCCGCUCAGACUGCUCCAACAUCGACAAGAUUCUGGAGCCUCCCGAGGGCCAGGACGAGGGCGUGUGGAAAUAUGAACACCUCAGGCAGUUCUGUCUGGAAUUGAAUGGGCUGGCUGUCAAACUGCAGAGUGAAUGCCACCCAGAUACAUGCACUCAGAUGACUGCCACAGAGCAGUGGAUAUUCCUGUGCGCUGCCCACAAGACCCCAAAAGAGUGCCCAGCCAUCGAUUACACCCGACACACUCUGGAUGGAGCUGCUUGCCUGCUCAACAGCAACAAAUAUUUCCCCAGCCGGGUGAGCAUUAAGGAGUCCUCUGUAGCUAAGCUGGGCUCAGUGUGUCGUCGCGUCUACAGGAUAUUCUCCCACGCCUACUUCCACCACCGCCAGAUAUUUGACAAGUACGAGAAUGAGACAUUCCUGUGUUUCCGGUUCACGCGCUUUGUGAUGAAGUACAGCCUGAUGUCCAAGGAUAACCUGAUUGUGCCCAUCCUGGAGGAGGAGCAGAAUGCUCCCGCUGUUGGGGAGAGUGAGGCCUGAGCAGCAGGCUGCAGCAUGUCAACACUGCCCCUUGUGCAUCUUCUGCCAAGCCCCGCCAGUGUACAGACCCCAUCCUGUCCUGCCCCUGUACAUAUCCCACUGUGACCCAUCUCGCCACUGCACAUGCCCCACAAUGCCCUGUACUGCCCCAUGUAUAUGCCUCCCCCCCACCCCUGUACAUACACUGAUUCACCCCAUCCUCCUUGUACAUACCCCAACCCCAAAAUAUGUGGCCUGGUCUAGUCAGCUCUGUGUUCUGCUUAGUCUCUCUGCCCCUCUUAUAUAAAAUUAUUUAAUGUGUGUGUGUGCGCGUGCGUGCGUGCGUGUGUCUGCGUGGCAGCGAGAUUCUCCCUGCUGCUCCCAGCUGUGGGCUGGCCACUAUACCUUUUUUUUUUUCAAAUUACAAUUUUUUAAAUCUAAAGGUUAUUUUCGUUAUCAGUUAAUAAAAUUGAAUAUAUUACCCAGAA